CUUUCUGUCAGUGUAAGCGGUCUAGUUAAUGCGCUCUUAAGUGACAUAUUGGCAGUGUCUCAAAACCUCAUGAGCAGACUACCUAGACUGGAUUUUGUGCAUUAUAUGUGCCGUGGGAAUGAACGAUAGGAGCACAGCACGCAUUUCGUCUGCUAUUGUUAAUUUUUUUGUCAGUCCACACUUUGAUCGCUGCGUCGCGGCUCUCUGUUUUCACCGUCUUGCGCCAUCAGCGUUAAACAGCGUGUAACUUCUAGUAACUUCUUUAAUUUCGACUUUAAACCCUCGCGGUCAGUGCCAUUUCGUUGCGUUGUAUCUAGCAUUUUUUAACGACAGACGUGUCAAACGCCCCCAUACUUUCUGCGCGCGGAAGAAUCAGUUGCCGCGGACUUUUGAGUGACGUGACGAACUCGUAGCGAGCGGCUAGACGUUUACUGUCCUGCCGCUCAGUUUUCCUCAUUACUCCAGCAGACGGGCUUUAAACAAAGACUACCGGUUAACACGGAACACCUGGCUUUCUCCUAUGCCUAAUGGGAAGUGUCGUAGCUUUUGUGACUGCGCCGUGCUAUUGUUAAAUUGUGAUUCGUCUGGUUGGGAGCAUAUAUUGUAAAAUAUCGUUUCAGGUUACGUUAUAGACACACAAUCUGCGCGCAAGUAUGCCGAGGAGAAAACAGCAAGCGCCCAAACGAGCGGCAGGGGACAGGCUGUCAGGAGACAGGAUCGUCAGUCCCAGAGGACGUUGGUGGAUGGGCUCUUUUGAGGGUGUGAGGGCAGCUGGCAGAGAGAAGGGCGACUGUGUCCCCUUGGAUCUGUCAUCUGGAGGUGCUCGAGCAGACACCUUUCUCACAACACGUCACCUGUCCAAGGUGAACAGUCGUCAGCUUAUGAUUCAGAGAAUGUUAAGGAGAGCACCAUACAGACCGAAGACACUGGAAGUGAUUGCUCAGUGACCAAGAAAAAACAACUGGGGAAAAGUGAUUUGGGAGAAGACUUCAAUAACCCAGUAGAUGAACAAGAUCCCCCUACUGCUGAGCUGUCAGGCCAUGAUGUUGACAAUGAAUCGCACACAAGUGAAUCUAGUGACCCCACGUCAGAUGCAGACAGCAGCAUCCCGAUCAAAAAUAUGGAGGAGGCCACAACAGACUUUCUAAAAGACCAUUCUGAGGACUCCGUAUGUAUUACAGACAGCCUAGAACAGAUGAAGGCCAUUUACAAAAGCUUCCUUAAUAAUCCCUACUGGUCCUUUUUGAGCUUGAAAUCCUCUCAACUACAUGCAGAUGAACAGCCAGCCAGUAGCAGCGGUAGCAGUAGUAGCAACAGCAGUCCUGGACGUAACAGCUAUGACUGGCAUCAGUCUGCUAUCGCAAAGACACUCCAACAGGUCUCUCAGAAACAACCUGCUGCACUUGAACCAAGUAUUUUCUCCACUGUCCAGCUCUACCGCCAAAGUCCUAAACUCUAUGGAUCCAUCUUUACAGGUGCAAGCAAGUUCCACUGCAAAAGCUGCAGUGCAUCAUAUGACACACUGCUUGAUCUCACAGUUCACAUGAAUGAAACAGACCACUACCGUGAUGACAACCUUGAAAGUGCUAGUAAGGGUGCUAAGUCAUGGUCAAAGCCUCGGAAGCGCUCUCUUUUGGAGAUGGAGGGAAAGGAAGAUGCCCAGAAAGUCCUACGCUGUAUGUACUGUGGACACUCUUUUGAAUCCCUGCAAGACCUCAGCGUGCACAUGAUAAAGACUAAGCAUUACCAAAAGGUUCCUCUGAGAGAGCCAAGAACUGCAAUUGCUGCUAAAGUUGUGUCUUCCUUCAGGAAGAAAGUUCCAGUGGAGCUGUAUGUGGCAAAAUCUUUGCACACCACAGAAAAGACAAGAAGUCCCAACAGAGGGCAGGCCAGGGUUAUUUUUCAGAUGUAUUCUGAACAAACCAACAAAGACGACUUGAUGGAUCAGAAAACAAGCCCUGGUGUGCAUUUCAAGUCUCAGAACCUCAAAUGUAAGGAGAGUGGGAUUUCACAUGACUCUUUGCAACAGUUGAGUGAUCCUGCGAUGUUGACUGGCCACUUUGUCAGAGUCACCCAAACACUGCAAAAGACAGUCAAGCCUCCUCAUCCCAAAAGUAAGUCUGAGAAGUCUCAGUCAGAUACACAAUGUUCUUCCCCUCUCUUAGCCACAGGAAUCUUGGAAUCAUUGUCCCUCCCAUCUGUAGCAACUGGGGACAAAAUCAAGACACAAGAAAUUACUUCUCAAAAAGACAGUGAUUGCAAGGAUUCUGCAAAUAUAAAUGAUGCCAAGCAGAAAUUCAGCAUAUCAUCGAAGUCUGAUUACCUAACUGAAGAUGAUCUAAAAGAGAGUCCUAAAAUGGAUUUUGAUAUUCUAAAAUCACUGGAGAAUACAGUUACAUCAGCUAUUAACAAAGCACAGAGGGGUGCCCCGAGUUGGGGUGGUUACCAGAGCAUUCAUGCAGCUUAUCAGUUACAAAACCAACUGAAACCUGGUCUAAACAACUCGGGCUAUAUUUCUUCUUUAAAACAAUCUUGCAGUAGUCAGGAAGGCCAGUCCAUAGACAAAAGUCAUUUAAUCCCUCCUUGUACUUCACCAAGAGCUUCCUCUACCACAGUUAAUGUCCAGGAGGUGGACAAAAUGGAAAAGAAAGUAAUAGAAAAUAUUUCUGAGGUUGACAGAUAUAAUGACUUGAAUGGGCAAGGAUCCUUACAUCAGCAACUGCUGAAUUCCAAAUGGAAACCACUAAUGUCAAAAUCUCCAAGUCAUGAGAGUGCAUUUACAUCUAUGAGCAAUGUCUCUGAGGGUAACACAAAUGAAAGAGAAAUUCAGAAGCACACACAAGAUUACAGAACUCACCCCACUUCAGAGCUGUAUGAUAAUGCUGGUCUACUCUCUGCCCACCCUGAGCCAAAACAACCCUCUGUCAGUCCUCUAAGUGCCCUUCAAUCUGUUAUGAACCUUCAUCUGGGUAAAGCUGCCAAACCAGUAAGGCCUGUCCAGGACCCUAUGAGCAUGCUUCUCAGGAUGAGCAACAGCAUGGCAGAAAGGGCCGCUCUUGCCGGUCCAUCUGGACACUCAGCGAAACUUAGCCAGUUGCAUUCUGACUGCCAUGAAAUUUGCAGAGACCAACCGAUAGACUUGUCCAAAGGCAAAAGUGAACAGUGUCUCAGAGCUGCUGCUCUCCCAGGUAAAGCUUUGAGUUCCUCUGUGUCUGGUGUAUCUGUCAGGGAAUCAGCCAGUUCUGAAAUAUUAUCAACAGCGAGUCCUUUGCGUGAAAAUGCCCUCUCUGACAUAUCAGACAUGCUGCGCAAUCUUUCAGAUUCUAGAGUUUUGAAGUCCCCAACGCUUUUAUGUAAGCCAGAACAGUCAGAAAUAGAGGGUUCUCACACUUCAGAUGAGGCAGAGGAUACAUCCAUGGUGCACAAACGUAAAGGUAGGCAAUCACACUGGAAACCCCAGCACUUGCUGAUUUUGCAGGCUCAGUUUGCAUCCUGCCUCAGGCAGACAGCUGAUGGAAAGUAUGUGAUAUCAGACUUGAGCUCCCAGGAAAGGAUGGUCAUAUCGCAUAUAACAGGUCUAUCUAUGACAACCAUCAGCCACUGGCUUGCCAAUGUGAAAUAUCAGCUCAGACGAACAGGCAGAACAAAGUUUGUAAAGAAUGUUGACUCAGGACACCCGAUUUUCUACUGUAGUGAAUGUGCAACACAGUUCCAAGUUCAAUCUACAUACAUCUGUCACCUUGAGUCACACCUUGGGUUUAAAAUGAAAGACUUGGAAAAACUUACUUCUAAGGAUCUGAACCGGAGGAUUACAAAGCAUUCUAAGAGCCCUCCCAUGAAACCUGCAAUUCCUGCUGUACUGCCAGCUAGAGGAUGUCAGGAGCAAUUGCUACCGGUGCCAGCAUUGUAAUAUACAAAAAAAAAAAAAAACUUAGAAAACAAUACAGUUAACACAGUAUGCCAGGAUAUUUAUUGUACUCUAAUUUGAGAACAGACCGAUAGAUCAUAAUGUAAAGAUUCAUACAGUUACUCAUAUAUUGUUGCUUUAACAGUUGGCCUUGUAGGCUAAGCUUUUGAGAUCAUGAAUAUUGUAAAGGUAAAUUAACUUCAAAAACCUGUUUAAAGUUAAGCUGGCUACCACCAGUUUUACCAAGUAGAUACACAGUAUAAGAAAUCUGUUAUAUAUAAAAAUGUCUUAAAGUUGUGAACGAUCUUGAAUACUCAUGAUGAACAGC